AUGGCUUCGAAUUUCAUGAUUAUGAUGAUUUUCGGAACUUUAAUGUACACAAGUUGUGCUCGAAAACUUAUCGAUGAUAGCUUUAACGUUCCACAAGUUACAAGCUCAUUCGGAGAGGGAGGAUUAGGUUUUCCCAAUAAUAAUAAUAGUGUUCCACAAGAUACAAGCUCAUUUGGAGAGGGAGGAAUAGGUUAUCUCGAUAAUAACAGUAAUAAUGUUCCACAAGUUAGUGGCUCAUUUGGAGGCGGAGUUGGUGGUGGAGGACAUGUUGGUCCUGGUGGCAUAGACUUUGGAGUAGGUAUUGGUGGUGGAGGUGAAAUAAGUGUACCCGGUGUUGGGUCAAUUGGCGGUGGUGGAGGUGGCGGAAUAGGUGGAGGCAUUGGCCGAGAUGGUUCAAUGUAUAUGGGAGGUGGCGGAGGUGGAGGCAUUGGUGGUCAAAUUGGUAAUGUAGGGUUUGGGGGCGGGCAAGGGUUUGGUGGUGGCCAAAGUUUUGAGGGAAUUAACAAUUAA